AUGUCUUCUGUUUGUCAGAGUAAUCCAUUACAGCAGUUUGCUAGAAAAGGUGAGCAAGCCACUGGAAGAUGGAGAUUAAAUGAAGGCAGAGUUCAAAAUCGUGGUGGAGAGUCUAUCCAGAAUAGUGUUGAGAAUGAGUUUUUAAGGAAUGAUGAGAGUUUGAGUAUACGUGGGGGGAAUCAGCCUCAUAACAUGUUUGGGAGAGCUCCUGCACAGAUGGGCCAUUCUAGUGGUGUUGUUGAGAAGGAAUCGUGGUUAAAUGAGUUUUCGAAAAUAGCGAUCAAGGAUCCUCUGGAGUUUAGUGACCGUUAUAAGCAGCUAUAUUCCAACUAUGAAACCAGACAGACUGUUACUUCUAUGCAUAACCAGGGUUAUUACCAACCCAUGUCUAAUAUGAAUUUACAUGUACAGCAAAAUUGGUCGAUGAUGGAAGGUCAAAUAAACCAGAGCAUGAAUAGUCAAGAAACUGCACACAUCGAUCAAGCACAUAACGAUUUGGAUAUGUAUUUAGAGAAAGAAUUUAAUGAUAUUGAACUAGAACUACAAGAGUUGGAUGAGCAUUCGCAUUCUGAAUUUGCAUCUGGAGUUCAAGAACAACAAAAGUUCAAAGAAAUAGCUACAGAUAUCGUAGAUACAUGCAUUACAAACAAUAAGAAUUCGACAAUGACUUCAAAGCUGGCUAAGUCAAAAUUCAUGGGGUUGAUGAUGCAGAUCAGCGAUGGAGAAGUGACUUUAAAAAUAGACGAGCAUCCUGAUGCAAAUACAAAUGCAAAAGAAUUAUACUCUACCAAAACUGGAAAGACAGUAGGCAAUGAUUUUCACGACAUUCAAGACACUAUUAGUGAUAUUUAA